UCAUUUGAACCGGAGCUUUGAACCGAUUCUUUGAAACAAACAGCUAAAAAGAACCUGUUCACGCCACGGAAGAGUCGGAUUACCGAGCAUAGCAAGCUGCAGAUAUGGUGAAAAGGUGCGUUCUGGGUUGUUAUCCGCACAAAACAUUGUUCCCUUUUCCCAAACUACCGUGGUUGCGAGCCCGCUGGCUCGAAUUUUUGCAUUUUGAGGAAGGAGGAAUAUCGGAGAGCUCGCGUUUGUGUGCGAAGCAUUUUGCCCGAGAAUGCUUCACAAAUUUACAGCAAUAUGAAAUGGGCUUCGCUGACUUUCUUAGUCUGAUGGACAUGGCUAUCCCGACGAUAUACACCGUUGGUCCGGAACCGAGUGUGAAGCCAAUGACACGAGAGGUAGGCUGCCAAUGUAAUGCUCCGGUUCUGAAGAGUGUGGCAGUCCAAGCAGUACGCACCCAAAAAAAGCCAAAACGGAGAAGUAAAGCCAUUCAAGUGAGACCUCUUGUGAGUCAUUGUGCUAGUGUGUCCUGCUCCGAUGAGGAUUUUCCCGUCAAAUCUGAAUCUUCAUUUACAUUAACACCAAUUAAAAGGCCACACAUGGAGGAUUCCCCAGAGGGGUCGCCAUACAGCUCAGAAGAACCAACAGAUGACAUCCACAUGCCUAAUAGAAUAAAAAAAGAUGACAUAAAGCUUGAGCCCUGUGAGUCUUCGUACAUCGUCGUCACCAUCUGAAUCCUCCAUUUCAUCAUCUGCAGAGAACAGAAUCUGACCAGCACAGGAGGAAGAGGGCAAAGAGAAAGACUGUAACUAAUCUUUUUUUAAACUCCUCGCAUACUUAAAUAAGUAGGCAUUCUCUUUACAUUCUGACUGAACUGCUUUUCCCUUUACCAGUGAGAAAGAUGGACUAUAAUCUCUUGACUAAACCAUCUGACAGAUGUCAACAAAUUAAUAUUUGACACAGAUAGUGGUUGGAUGGAAAUGCUACACUCGAGAUGACUGUUCUUGCUGUCAAGUUCCCUGCUCAAAUGACUUGCCUUGUCUCAAAUCUAGCUCUGCUAACACAACCAAGCAGUAAGAUGAAAGGAAAUAUGUAUUCAGGAGAUGCUACUGGGUCAAACAUCAUCAAAAUACAGAAAUAUUAGUAGCAUGUUAUCGUGUUUCAUUCAUCCUUAGAAAAAAAUCACUCAAAAUCAAAUGUACCCAAAGUUCAUUACUGGACGUUUUGUUAAUUAGCACAGGGUGUGCAGCCCUUUUUUAAAAGAACACUAUUUUUUGGAAAUAGGCUCAUUUUCCAACUCGCCUAGAGUUAAACAAUUGAGUUUUACCAUUUUCGAAUUAAUUCAGCUGAUCUCCAGGUCUGGCGGUAGCACUUUUAGCUGCAGCUUAGCAUAGAUCAUUGAAUCUGAUAAGACCGUUAGCAUCUUGCUCAAAAAUGACCAAAGUUUCUCGAUUUCCUAUUUAAAACUUGACUCUUCUGUAGUUACAUUGUGUAAUAAGACCAAUGGAAAAUUAACUAUACUCUCAUACCAAUGGGUGCAGCAGGCACAAUGAUAUUACGCAGCACCAGAAAAUAGUCCCCAGCUAGGUAACCAUGGUACGGCAGCAAAGUUCUUUGAUUAUUACGCUACAAUGAGAGUAUAGUUCCUAGACAUAUCAGCCUAGAAAAUCACAACUUUUCAUUUUCCGCCAGUCGUAGUACAAGAUGUAACUACAUAAGAGUCAAGUUUUAAAUGGGAAAAAUAUCAAAACUCUUUGGUCAUUUUUGAGCGAGUUGCUAACGGUCUUAUCAGAUUUAAUGAUCUAUGCUAAGCUGCAGCUGAAAGUGCUACCCCCAGACCCGAAGAACGGCUGAAUGGAUUCGAAAACCAUAAAACUCAACUGUUUAACUCUAGGGGAGUUGGAAAAUGAGCCUAUUUUCAAAAAUAGUGUCAUGUUCCUUCAAAGGCACACCUGCUUCUUUAGAAUGUAAACUCACUGUGACUUAUCAUGGUUACACAUACUUCAGGUCUGAAGCGUUGGGAAAGGAACUCUCAUGCACCUGUAAUGGUCAUGCAGAUGUACUAGG